AUGACCAUCCCUCACUACGGCGUCUGGGUAGGUCAACCCACCCGGUACACAGCUCAGACCGACGAAGAAGACCCUAAGUCUCCUCACAUCUAUCUCUACUUCAAAGACGACUUCUCUUCACACAAGCAGCUCGAAGCCGCAAUCAACGUCAAAUCUACCGAUAAGGACAGCCGUCUCGUCUACUGGUUCGACCGACAUUUCACCCACUCCAUCACCGACGAGCUCGCCAACCUGGACCAAGGCUUCCAUUUGCUCAGCUCCUACGCCCACAGUCGCUAUCGUCGCCGCGAGACCGCAGACCUGGAGGGCCUGGAUUUUGUCCGCACUAAGGGGCUGGUUGAUAUCAAUGCCGGCGCUGUUCUCGGUGCUGACGGCGACCAGGAUAUUCUCGAUCAGGUAGACCCCAUCCUGACGGAUGCAAUCAAUCAGAAGGCGACGGUGUACAUCUUCGGAUCAUCGUAUGGCUCUGGGAUCCACGAUAUUCACAUGAAUCAGGGCAGCGUCGGCUAUACCAAUGGAAUCUAUGAAGAUGGUGCUUUGUUGUUCCUGUUUGAGGAUGGGCAUUGGGAAGCGGUAUUCUUGGCCUUUGCAUCCCAGAAGAUCCCCACGAAUGACAAGGGAGAGCCGAAAAGUGAUAGCAAUUCACUGGCCACUAUCCUGGGUCAGUAG